AUGAGUCUCACAGCCAAGGACAAACAGAUCGUGACAGCCUUUUUUGGAAAGGUGUCUUGCAAAGCAGAGGACAUCGGAAAUGAGGCUCUCUCUAGGACCCUGGUGGUGUACCCCCAGACCAAGACCUACUUCUCCCACUGGACGGACCUGAGCCCCGGCUCUGCUCCCGUCAAGAAGCACGGUCUGACCGUCAUGGGAGGCGUCCUGGAAGCGGUGACCAAGAUCGACGACCUGGCCGGUGGUCUUCUGACCCUCAGCGAGCUUCACGCCUUCACGCUGCGUGUGGAUCCCGCCAACUUCAAGAUCAUCAACCACAACAUCCUGGUGGUGCUGGCCAUGCUGUUCCCUGACGACUUUACCCCUGAGGUGCACGUGUCUGUGGACAAGUUCCUCGCCAAGUUGGCCCUGGCGCUUUCCGAGAAGUAUCGUUAAAAGGCGAGAAGAUAAAUCCUCUCGGUUUUCUGUGUUGAUCAUAAAUUUGCACAUGUUGUAUGAUAUGAAUCAUGGAAUAAAAAUA